AGGUAGGAGGAUCAUAAGUCUAAUCCCUGUCUGGGUAGUUUAGCAGCUCUUGUCUCAUAAUGAAAAAUAGAGUAAAUGGGUGAGGAUGCAGCUGAAUACAGUGAAGGCCCUGUGUUCAACCCCUAGUACCAGCACCAAAAAGUCAUUUGCUUUUUGAAAUAUAUAUUUGAGUAUUUACAGAUGAGCUGUUUCGUCUGGGACUUACUUCAAGAUAAUCCAGUGAUAUGGCAGAGGGGAGUGAAUAUAAGUUGUCAGAGCACCUGGUUAAAGUGUACUGAGAUGAAAGUGAAGGAAGCGUCCUUCCUGUGGUACCUCUAUCUGGACAAAAUAUACUGCUUAUUAUCUGCAAGAAAUGUGAAGGCCUUGUUGGAAUAUUUUCAUCUUCUUGAUGUACACCACCAAAACACCUUAAACGAUGUGCUGUUCUAUCACUUCCUCAGUUACGUGACUAACUUGAAAUCCAGACAGAUCAGGAUGGUGUUUGACAUGCUUGACUACAAUGCUGUGGGUGAAAUUGGUUUCGAGGAGUUCUACUUGUUGGUUUGCAUACUGCUAUCACACCAGAAUAACUUGGAAGAACAAUUUAUGUAUUGCCAUUCCCGUCAUGUUUUUAGACUGCUUGACAUAAACGGGGAGCAGAGAAUUGGUCCAACCAACUUCCGCAUGUACAGAUUUCUCUUCAAUAUUAGAAAAGAGCAUCUCAAAGAGUUUUUCUAUGGCUUUGGCUUGACAGAUGAACGUCGUCUUAAUUACAAGGAAUUUAAGAUAUAUACCAUCUUUGCCAAUGACAAAUUGAAGGAAAAGCAGAGAAGGGAGACAGAGAAACAGGAAAGGAGAAAGAAAUUCAAAUCUCAGAUCAAGAACACAGUGUAUCAAGUUGCUGUAAUCAGAAGAUUUUGGAAUAAAAAAAUUGGUAGAUGAUUAAUAUGCUCAAAAAUAAACAUCAUCAACGUGG